AUGGUCUGGCCUUCAAGUGAAGAAUUUGUGUCCAAAUUACCUAAUAUAGUAAUUUGGACACAUUGGACUGUCCAAAUAUGCCAAUGUGACUUUGUUACAUCAUGUCCAAUUCCAAUACUAAUUAGACAUUUGGAUCCAGAUAUUGGACACAAUUUGGACAUUUUGGACAUUUGGACAGAUUUGCCAACACUGGAUCAAAAUGAUUGGGAAGUAAAGAAUCCUAAAACCAAUGGCACAGUUAAACAGAAGAAUGCUUACCAGAGUUUGAACGUUGCUUGUAAAGAAUUAAGAGAGAUGUGA